AUGUCAUCAGAACCAGUUGUCAUGGCACCUCUAUCGCCGAUCCUUUUGCAAGGAAAAGCACCGAUCCCACACUUCAUUUACGGCACAGCAUGGAAGUGGGAGCAUACUGCUGACAAUGUAUUGGAGGCUCUUGAUGCAGGUUUCCGUGCUAUCGACACAGCACCGCAGAGUCAGAAUUACAAUGAGGCUCUGGUGGGCAAAGCACUCAGUACUUGGUUAACAUUGCACCCCCAAGAGGAUGCAACACAGCAGGGAAUCUUCCUCCAAUCCAAAUUUACUGACGCGAGAGGAUUCAAGGAUUAUCCCAAAGUGUUUCAAGACAAUGAUUCGCCCCUCGAGCAGGUUGAAAAAAGCCUCAAACAGACACUUGCUUAUCUGGGCCGCGGAGAUGCAGGUCAGCCGCCACUCGACGCCCUCUUGCUGCACUCCCCGCUCCAGACAAUCGAGGAAACGAUGGAAUAUUGGGCGGCCAUGGAGGCCCAGGUUCCCAGCCGAGUCACGUAUCUUGGCAUAUGCAAUGUUUCCUUGCCUACCUUUAGCCAGCUGUACGAACGCGCAACCAUCAAGCCCAUGAUUGUGCAGAAUGACUUCCGCCCCGCUCACGGAUUCGAUGUGUCGCUACUGGAAUACUGUCGGAAGCGAGAUAUUGUUUAUCAAGCUUACGCCGUCUUGAAAGGUAACAUGACCUUGUUGGAGUCGCCGCUGGUUCGUUGGCUAGCACACGAAAGAGGUAUCGGCGAGCCAGAGGCUCUGUAUUGCCUUCUUCUCUCUUGCUGGGAUGGCACACUGUGCAUCUUGAAUGGCACCAGAAACAAAGUAGUGAUGGAGAAGGAUCUUGCUCUUAUUGAGAGAAUUGGGAAACUAGACAAUUACAUCAUCGAUGGAUUUUGGGAGGCCAUGUCUUCAUCUGAGUCAAUUGACUGGCCUUCUGAUAAGUCGGCUUGA